CUCUCUUCCUGACCUCAUACGUCACGACUUCUCGCACCGCUCAGUCGGAUUCAUCCCACUCGCUAAUUGGUUGCUCGGCCUCCUUGCUCGCCCAAUCGGACGGGGGUUCACUGGUGGCCGGUCGGUCGGCAUGCUUCGCGGGAAAGUCUGACCCGGAGUGGGGGCGAGAAGGGGAUCUGAGGGCUGUGGUGUUUUGCAGUCUCUGUCGCCCCACGCUUGAUGCCGGCUGGCCGGCGGGUACCCGUAUUAACGGCGUCACGUUCUAGCGCUGGGUUCAAUUCGACGGCCGGGCCCGGCUCCAUAUCCAUGAGCGGCUUCAAUCUCGAUCGUUUCCGUUACCAGAAGAAAGGCGGCGGCGGUGGGUUGGGGAGUCCGUCUGGUACAGAGAAUCCGGAGUCGGCAGUGACAACCAUACCAGAGACACCAGAACGAAACCAGAAGAAUGUUGUAUCACAUUUCAAGAGAAAUGGAAAAGGAGUUCUUUUUCUAGACUCUGAUUCUGAAAAUGAAGAGCCCAUUAAGAACAGUUCAUCCUAUUCAGAAGUGAGUGGAAGGCCAAAGGAUUGCAUUGAAAAAAUAAAUGGUGCUGAUGACUUUCCGUCUGAAAAUGUUUUGCCAGAAGCAAAUGGGUCAUCCUUAAACUGCAGCAACUCAUCUCAUUUUAACACUGAUUUGGAGAUCAGUACAGAUACAAAAUUACAAAAACUGACAGAAAUAUUUCCAAAUAGAACGGUUGAUGAGCUAAUGCAAGUAAUUGAAUCAACAAGUACAUUAGAUGGAGCUAUCGCUUCAGGAUUAAUCUUAUUUAAAGAAGCCACUCCUCGGAAAAGGAAACUUGAAGCAUUCCAGAAUAACAGCUCUGACGAAAGUGAUGAUCUCCCCAUUUCCAUCACCACAAAGAAGAAGAAACCUAAUCGACUCGCGUCACAAGACUCCAUAGAAGAUUAUGAAAGGAAAGACUCUCUAUUGAGAAAGCUUCACAAUAAGUUUCCAGAUUUAGAUAAAGAGGAGCUUAGAGAAGUUUUGAAAGAACAUGACUGGUCCUAUUGGGAGGCCUUAGAAGCUUUGCAGGUGUUUGCCAAUCAAGAUUCAGUAGAUGAAGUGCCUUGUGUGCCAGAACCUGAAACCAUAAACGGAAAAGACGCCAUUUCAAAUCUUAAAACACAGCCAAAAGAGAGAUCAAUUCAACUGAAAGAAACUGAAGCAAGAAAAGAACAGAAUGUUAAAAGUAAAAAACACGACAAAGGACAAAAAGGUAGCAGAAUAAUUCGGAGGGAAAGUAGUGAUUCUGAAGACGUCACGUCCAUUGCUUCUGGUGGUGAGAGUUCGCUUGAUGAAGACUACAGUAGUGGAGGUGAAGAAGUGGAAGAUGAAUAUCGGACUAAAAUUAUCAGUUUCCUGCAAGAUGCUACAGUAGAUGAGCUUACUCUCAUACCUCAGUGUUCUCUGAAAAAAGCUCAGAAGAUCAUUGAACUCCGGCCAUUCAACAGUUGGGAGGCACUGUUUAAAAAGUUUGACAAGCCUCAUGGUUUGUCUGAAGACCUGAUAUGGAACUGCAAAACAGUAAUCAAGGAGCGGGAAGUGGUUCUUUUACUUAUGAACAGGUGUGCAGAAAUUUCCCAAAGGUUAGAAAAGCAAGUGACAGAAAUAACAGAGGAUGGGGGAUGUCACAGGACCAUUGAACAGCCAGAUAUCCUUAAUAAAAGUUUGGAGCUUAAACCAUAUCAAAUAAUCGGAUUAAAUUGGUUGGCUUUACUGAAUAAACACCGGGUGAAUGGAAUAUUAGCAGAUGAAAUGGGCUUGGGGAAAACUGUGCAAGCCAUAUCAUUUCUUGCCUACCUUUUCCAAGAGGGAGAUAAAGGACCGCAUCUUAUCAUUGUACCAGCCUCUACCCUAGAUAAUUGGAUCCGAGAGCUUAAGCAAUGGUGCCCUGAUCUAAAGAUUCUUCUAUAUUAUGGAUCUUUAGAAGAGCGGCGAGUUCUCAGAUCUGACAUCCUUCACAAAUGUGUGGACUUCAAUGUAAUAGUAACUACGUAUAACUGUGCAAUCAGUAAUGCAGAUGAUCGUGGACUUUUUCGACGCUUGAAGCUCCAUUAUGCGGUUUUUGAUGAAGGACACAUGCUGAAGAAUAUGAGUUCUAUUCGCUACCAGCAUCUCAUGACAUUCAAUGCUGAACAUCGCUUGCUGCUGACUGGGACACCACUGCAGAAUAAUCUUCUCGAAUUAAUGUCUCUCUUGAAUUUUGUCAUGCCGAACAUGUUCAGCAGUAGUACUAGUGAAAUCCGCAGGAUGUUUUCAUCUAAAACAAAAAUCUUGGAGCAACAAAGCACUUUUGAGAAAGGGAGGAUUGUUCAUGCUAGGAAAAUCAUGAAGCCGUUUAUCUUGAGGAGAGUAAAGAGUGAGGUCUUGCAGCAACUGCCACCAAAACAAGAUCGUAUAGAGAUGUGUGCAAUGUCACAUCAACAAGAGCAGGCGUAUACUGCCCUCUAUAAGAAGUUAAAGAAAUCUAUCAGCAGUAAUGAAAAAAAUGAGUUAUGUAAUGUGAUGAUGCAACUUCGAAAGAUGGCAAACCACCCACUGCUUCAUAGGCAAUAUUAUACCACUGAAAAGCUUAAGAAAAUGGCCAAGCUAAUGAAGAAGGAGCCCACUCAUAGAGAUGCCAAUCCUGAUUUCAUCUUUCAAGACAUGGAAGUGAUGACUGAUUUUGAGUUGCACCGCCUGUGUCAAGAGUACAGCAGCAUAAGGAGCUUCCAAUUAGAAACGGACUUGCUGUUGGAUUCAGGAAAGUUCCAAAGAUUGGAGAAUAUUCUUUCAGAGCUCAAAGAGGAGGGCUCCAGAGUUGUUCUUUUUAGCCAGUUUACUAUGAUGUUGGACAUUAUAGAAGUAUUCUUGAAGCACCAUAAGCACAGGUACCUUCGACUGGAUGGCAAAACCCAAAUCUCUGACAGAAUCCACUUGAUAGAUCAGUUUAACACAGAUAUGGAUAUUUUUGUUUUCCUCCUGUCAACCAAAGCCGGGGGCCUGGGUAUAAACCUUACCUCGGCCAACGUUGUCAUCCUCCAUGAUAUUGACUGCAAUCCGUACAAUGAUAAACAGGCAGAAGACCGAUGUCACCGAGUAGGACAGAAAAAAAUAGUGCAUAUUGUUAAACUGAUCAGCAAAGGCACUAUUGAGGAGUCCAUGCUUAAAAUUGGGGAGCAUAAGCUGAAACUGGAACAGGAUAUGACCUCAUCAGAAACAGGUGAGGGGAGCAUUCCAGUGAACAUAGCAACUCUGUUGAAGACUUCAUUAGGAUUGUAGCAAUGAAUUUUCCUUUCCUGUGCUUCAUAAGCACUGUUGCGAUAAGUAUGUUGGAUUCUGUGUUGAACAGAAACCGGA